AUGAAUACCAAUUGGAACAGCAAGAAGUUUGAUGACUUCUCGAAGGAAUCUCUUUACAAAGUUUUGAACAGUCUAAACUAUAAUGAAAUUGUACUUGUUGUACAACAGAAUAUAUUUACUUCAUUAAAUUCAUUGUUUACUUUCACUGAAUUAACCGAGAAUACAAGUGUGACUAAAAUAGUGACGAUUGGGGAUCAAUUGGAAACCGAUAUUAAAGAUAUAUUAUCUAGUUCACCUAACAUGAAUCCUGUGUUCUUAAUAGAUGUUAGAUUAGAAUUAAGUUUACCUACCCAAUUGUAUGAAUUUUUCAAAUUAUACCAUUUACCAGAUAUAAAAGUGAUAUUCACUAGUUGGGAUACUCAAAGAACCAACGAUUUAUUGAAUCUACAAGUGGAUAAGCAAUUAAGAGUUUCUCAUUUUAUUCAUUCACAGAUUGAGAGUGCAACCCCUAACUCGGAAAUUACAUUGCUACCUUGGAAUGUUGUCCCCAUGCCAUAUAUCGACGCAGAUGUACUGAAUUGCAAUCUCCUAUAUAACUACAAUGGAAUGAAUAUGUAUUACCCAAAAAUGGUGUCAAUGGAAUCAGCAACAAGAAAUAUUCUAAUUGACAAUAUGGCAAAUUCAUUGCAAUCGCUUCUAAAGAAUACAAACACAGUCAUCACACAAUCAGUUGCGAUUGGUGAAGAAUCUAAAAAACUGGUACACUUAUUAAAAAGAAGAAUUGAAGGUAGAAGAAGCUCUGAUGAAAAAUUUGAGGUUGAAACUAUGUAUAAUGAAAACAAAAAUGCCAUCAAAACUGAUUUGAUUGUGGUAGAAAGAUCUAUAGACCCUUUAACUCCAUUACUAACUCAGCUGACUUAUGCGGGUAUACUUGAUGAUUUAUACGAUUUAGGAGCUGAUGAAAAACUGAAAGACAAGGAUAUUGCUUUAAAAUUUAGAGUAGAUGAUAUUUGGGAAAAGUUGAAAUUUUUGAACUUUGGUGCAUUAGGUCCACGUUUGAAUCAAAUGGCAAAAGACCUACAAAAUAAAUACGAUUCUAGACACAAUGCUGAUAGUAUCGGUGAAAUAAAACAAUUUGUUGAUUCAUUGGGUUCUUUACAAGAACGACAGAGAUUAUUGAAGCUCCAUACCACUUUAUCGUCUGAUGUUUUACAUGAAGUGGAAAAUAAUGAUUCUUUACAAUUUAAUAAAAUUCUUGAUUUAGAGCAAAAUCUGCUUCUAGACAAUAUUGAUUAUUCUACAAGUUUAGAUAUUAUUUUGGGUUUGAUUUAUGAAGAAGAAAUUGACAGCGAUAAAUUAAUUCGAGUCAUUUGUAUAUUUUCAUUGUGCAGAAACGGUAUAAAGGAUAAAGACUACGACACAAUAAAAAAAGAGCUAAUCGAAUCUUUUGGGAUAGAGAUAUGUUUUCAGCUUGAAAGACUAGCAUAUGCCGGUUUAUUCAUCAACAAAUCUAUGUUUGUAAGUUUCCAAAAAGAAAAAAAAUCAUUCAAUCAAAUAAACGAUAUUACAUUAGUAUGGAACAAAGAAUAUAAAUACAUUUCAAAAUGGUUAGAUACAUUACCUGAGGAAGAUUCUGAUAAUUCGGAGAACCACAAUGUUCCUACAAAUCCAAAAGAGGCCACCUUUGCCUAUUGUGGGGUGAUUCCAUUAUUAUAUCGAUUAAUUCAAUCAUUAUACGAUAGAUCUAUCAUGAGUAAACACUUUGCAGCUCAACAACCAUUUAUUAUAUCUGCUCAACCUGAUCUUUCCAUGACAGAAGAUUUAUAUGAACAGAUUUUUGGGAAUGCAAAAAUCGCAGAAUCAAUAAUAUGGAACAUGGAUACAAAAAUUACUGCCAUUAAAAGCCCAGUUCUGCAGAAGAUGAACUUCCAUAAUAAUGAUAAAGUAUUGAUAACAUUUCUCGGUGGUAUUACCUUAAGUGAAAUUGCCGUUUUAAAGUUCCUACAGGAAAAAUUGAAGGCAAAAAAUGUUAAUAAAAGGUUUAUCAUAAUUAGCGAUGGAAUCAUCAAUGGUACGAGAAUAAUCAAUGGUAAUUAUUAUAGAACCAGUAAGUAA